AUGGCUACAUUCUUGAAGAAGCCUCUUAAGCUUGCUUUGGUGCAGCUCGCAUCAGGCGCGGACAAGUCCGUCAACCUCUCCCACGCUCGAAACCCUCCAUCCUUCCCCUCCCACGAAGGAGCAGUCCCCUCGUUCCACGCCCUGUCGGCGAUCGCCGCUGAGGCAAAUGCAUACCUUAUCGGCGGAAGUAUACCCGAGCUGGAGCCGGAGACGAAGAAGUACUUCAAUACCUCACUAGUCUUCUCGCCCUCGGGCUCCUUGAUCGGUACCCACCGCAAGACGCAUCUGUUCGAUAUCGAUAUUCCCGGGAAGAUUACGUUCAAGGAGAGCGAGGUCCUCUCCCCGGGCAACCAAUUGACCGUGAUCGAUCUCCCAGAAUACGGCAAGAUUGGCCUGUCGAUCUGCUAUGAUAUUCGUUUCCCGGAGUCCGCCAUGAUUGCGGCUCGCAAGGGCGCAUUCCUGCUGGUCUACCCCGGUGCCUUCAACACGACCACUGGACCUCUGCACUGGUCUCUUCUGGGUCGAGCUCGUGCGGUGGAUAACCAGACCUAUGUUGCUCUGUGCAGUCCAUCGCGAGACCUGGACGCGUCGUACCAUGCGUACGGCCACAGUUUGAUCAGCGACCCCAGUGCGAAGAUUUUGACUGAAGCGGAGGAGAAGGAGACGAUUAUCUAUGCGGACUUGGAUAAUGAUACCAUCGUGAACACUCGCAAGGGCAUCCCCAUUUAUACCCAGCGCCGAUUUGACGUGUAUCCCGAUGUGAGCGGAGAGGGCUCAAAAUGA